AUGGCGUCGACAUUCAACCUCCUCACCGCCGGCGUGCGGUUCAACAAGUCGCGCUUCCAGAAGGACAUGGAUCUCUUCGAGAAGAAGGAGAAGAGCAAGAGCAAGGGCAAGGGCAAGGGCAAGGCUCUGGCCAAGGAGACUGCCCUCCCGUCGUCUCUCAACUUCUUCGGCGACCGCUCUGCCGCUGCCGUCCCGAAGCCCGAACCCGAAUCCGAAUCCGAGUCUGACAACGACUCCGAGUCGGCACCCGACAUCCCCGAGCCACCGAAGCAGAAAAUCACGCUCACCGGCCCCGAUCCCCUUCCCUCGUCCCUCGGAACCGACCUAGCCUCCCUCUUCACCGACGACUCGCCCCUCCGCAAACCGCUCCUCCGCGCUCUGAACGAGAGCAAUAUCCACGGACUGUGGGGUGUGCAGUGUGCCGUGUCGGGAAGCCUCCUCGCUGGCCAAGACACGAUGUGCAUUGCCCCCACAGGGAGCGGCAAGACACUCUCCUACCUCCUCCCAACGCUGGUGCAGCUGCGGCAGCCGGCGCGCAAGAUGGGCGACGAGGGAAAGGGUAUCCGCGCACUCGUCGUUGUGCCGACCCACGAUUUGGCUGUGCAGAUCCACGGCGUGCUCAAGGCCAUCACGGCGGGGCAGAAGUGGCGCUGCAUGGUGCUCAGCAAGGCGACGCAAAAGGCCGUGUGCGAGUCUGCACCGGGACACAACUCGGGAAGCGACGAGGAGGACGAGGCCGAGGAGAGUGAAGACGAGACAGAGGGUGGUCUCGGCAUCGAUGUCCUCAUCGCCACGCCGGAGCGGUUGCACCACCUCCUCGACGCGGGGCGCGUGUCGCUAGCAAGUACACGCUACCUUAUCCUCGACGAGUCGGACCGCCUACUCGGCCCCGACUUUCUCCCUCAGGUGGAGCCCAUCGUUGAGGCGACGGGCGAGGAGGUCCAGAAGGCCCUCUUCUCGGCGACGAUGCCGGCUGGCGUAGAGGAGCUCGCGCGGCGAUGGCUCAAGGACGGGGGUGUGCGCGUGGUCGUCGGAGUCAAGGACUCGGCCGUAACCACCGUUGACCAGUCUCUCCUCUUCACCGGGUCGGAGGCAGGCAAGUCGCUCGCGCUCGCCAACCUCAUCUCAGAGGGUGGGCUGCCAUACCCGUCCCUCAUCUUCGUCCAGUCCAUCGAACGUGCCGACGAGCUUUCCAAGCAGCUGGUACUGGACGGUGUUCGCGCUGAAGCGGUGCACUCUGGGCGAGGGAAGAGCAAGCGUGACGCAGCGAUCGACGCGUUCCGCCGCGGCGACGUGUGGGUGCUGGUCGUCACGGACGUGCUAGCGCGCGGCAUGGACUUCCGUGGUGUCAAGGUGGUCGUCAACUAUGAUUUCCCCCAGACUGUCCAGUCGUACAUCCACCGCAUCGGACGUACCGGUCGCGCCGGGCGCCCAGGGAAGGCGAUCACGUUCUUCAGCAACGAAGACGCGCCGUACCUGCGCACGGUCGCAAAUGUUCUUCGCGCAAGCGGCUGCCCGGUGCCCGAGUACAUGUUGCAACUGAAGAAGCCGAGCAAGAACCAGAAGCGCAAGCUGGCCAAGGCGCCGGUUGAGCGCAAGUCUGUCGGAGGAGGGGGACGCGACGUUGCUGCCGAGAACGCAAAGCGGAAGCGCGCGAUGAUCGAGGGCACCAAGCGGAGGAAAGCGACUGAGGGAAAGAAGCAGAAGACGGAGGCAUGA